AUGUCGUUCUUGAAAGGAUUGGUUACUACUGGAGUGCUUCCCACUGUUCAAGCAACUCAAGCUUCCCCCAAUCCCCCUAUUGCUAUCACUAUCCCCAAGGUGGGUGGAACUGGUGCUUACUCUAGAGGUUCAGGAAGGCCGACUCUUGUAACUCGACCAAAUCAGUCUGCUAUGCCCGCUUCUACAAGUAAUUACUCCAGAACAUCACCUCAGAAUUUGAUUCAAGAUUGCCAGGGAGCCACACCUUCGGUGGGCAGCAGGCCAUCUUUUAAUCGUACUUGUUACAACUGUGGAGAAUCUGGGCAUAUGAGCAGAGAUUGUCCCCACCUGUGCAUGUCGGAUUUCGCAUAA